AUGGCACCCACGGCCACCGAAACCGAGUGGGAUCACCAGUUCAACACUCUGCGCCGUGAGAACCUCUUCCGAAACCCUCCCACGGACCACAGCGCCUAUCCCGCCCUUCAAUUAGCCGUCAACCCCCAUAUCGAAUCCUUUAAUGCAAUCUUUCGUGACGAUGGCAAGCCUGGUCUGUUGACGCAUGCCAUAGCCGAUAUUGGCACCAGAACUUUCCUCGAUGGCGACGACCGCGCCCCCUCAGACGGAAAGAACAUACUUACUGUUCGAUACAAGGACGUCUUCCUUCAGAAGCCCCAGGUCCCCCCUUCUAAUAAGCUGGCCCGGAACCGCCAAGUUUUCCCCGCCGAGUGCAGAGAGCGUCACGUCACAUACAGAGGAAGGCUCUCGGCUACACUCGAGUACCGCAUCAAUGGCGGUGACCCGGUCGAGUUUACUCGGGAAUUCGGCCAGGUUCCUGUCAUGAUCAAGUCAAACAGAUGCCACCUCGAAGGCAACUCACCUGCGCUGCUCGUCGAGAGAAAAGAAGAAUCCGAGGAGCUUGGAGGGUACUUUGUUGUAAACGGUAUCGAAAAAAUCAUUCGAUUGCUGCAGUUGAACAAGCGAAACUUUCCCAUGGCUAUCAACCGACCUAGUUUCCAGAACCGUGGCCCUGGUUACACUCCCUACGGUAUUAUUCUCCGUGCAGUCCGUCCCGACGAGACCUCUCAGACCAACGUUCUCCACUACCUCAACGAUGGUAACAUGACCUUCCGUUUCUCGUGGCGCAAGAAUGAGUACCUCGUUCCUGUCAUGAUGAUUCUCAAGGCCCUGGUGGAGACCAAUGAUCGCGAAAUCUUUGAGGGAUUGGUUGGUCCUGCUGGUUCCAAGGCAGCCGGAAACACCUUCUUGACGGACCGAAUCGAGCUUCUGCUACGCACGUACAAGUCCUACAACCUCUACAGCAAGUCGGAUACAAGGGCAUUUUUGGGUGAGAAGUUCCGAGUCGUUCUCGGAGUCCCAGACACCAUGGCCAACUACGAGGUCGGCACUGAGUUCUUGCGCAAGAUUGUUUUGGUUCACCUUGGCAAUGUUGAUGUCACCGAAGAGCAAGAUAACGAGAAGUACAAGCUCAUUCUCUUCAUGAUUCGAAAGCUGUACGCCCUUGUCGCCGGAGAGUGCGCCGUUGACAACCCUGAUGCUGUCCAGAACCAGGAGAUUCUGCUUGGUGGUUUCCUUUACGGACAGAUCCUCAAAGAACGAUUCGAUGAGUUCCUCAGCGUCAACGUUCGUGGAUCCAUGCGAGACUACUUCCGAAGGAACCCUGGUAUUCCCUUUACGUCCGAGGAAUUCCGCAAGGAGUUCCCCAACAACAUUUUCCGCAAGGCCAACGAAAAUCUCGGUAAUGCGCUGGAAUACUUCAUGUCAACGGGUAACUUGCAGAGUCAGUCGGGUCUCGACUUGCAACAAACGGCCGGUUUCACAGUCGUGGCGGAAAAGCUUAACUUUACGCGAUUCAUCAGUCAUUUCCGCAUGGUUCAUCGUGGUGCCUUCUUUGCCCAACUCAAGACAACAGCUGUACGAAAGCUGCUUCCAGAGUCAUGGGGUUUCAUGUGUCCCGUCCACACACCUGAUGGUUCUCCUUGUGGCCUCCUCAACCAUCUUGCAAGGAAAUGCUCGAUUACAACUGAUUACCUAGACGUAUCCCAUAUCGCCACUCUUGCUGCCGAGCUCGGAGUUGUUGAUGUCUCGUCUGCUUCCACUGACGAAAACGUUGUCGUCAUGAUGGACGGCAAGAUUCUUGGAUACUGUACCCCCAAGGAGUCUGUCAGAAUCGCUGAUUGCUUCCGAUACUGGAAGGUAGAGGGCACCCACGGAGUUCCUCUGCAACUCGAGAUCGGUUACGUUCCUCCCUCCAGGGGUGGAUCUUACCCUGGUGUCUAUUUGACUUCAACGCCCGCAAGAAUGGUGCGCCCUGUGAAGUAUCUUCCCCUACAGAAGGAGGAUUGGGUCGGCCCUUACGAGCAGCCUUAUAUGUCCAUUGCUGUCGUGCCACAGGAGAUUGAGUCUGGCAAAUCAACACACGUGGAGUUCGACCCAACCAACAUUCUCUCGAUUCUCGCCAACAUGACCCCCUUUUCCGACUUCAAUCAAUCACCACGCAACAUGUACCAGUGUCAAAUGAGCAAACAAACGAUGGGAACUCCUGGUACUGCUUCUGUAUAUCGCACAGACAACAAAAGCUACCAAAUUCAGACAGGACAAACACCUAUUGUUCGCGCACCCCUGCACAAUACUUAUGGAUUCGAUAAUUUCCCAAAUGGUUUCAAUGCGGUCGUCGCUGUCAUUUCUUAUACUGGAUAUGAUAUGGAUGACGCUAUGAUUCUCAAUAAGAGUGCUCACGAGCGAGGUUUCGGCCAUGGUACCAUCUACAAGACGAAGAAGAUUUCACUCAAGGAUGACUCUCGAACAAAAGCCACCAAGAGCGUCACGAAAGCGUUCGGAUUUGCUCCUCAUAGUCAUGUGAGUGCCCACCACCAAGGUAUGUUGGACGACGAUGGCUUGCCCCAUGUUGGUCGUCUGAUCCAGGAAGGAGACGUUGUUUGCGCCUGGCACACUGUGACUCCUGACUACAAUGGCAAACUGGUGAACCUCGACGGUAUUACUCAUUACGAGAAGUACAAGGACUCGGAAGAUGGUUUCAUCGAGACGGUGCGCUUGAUUGGAGCUGAGUCUGGCAACGAGCCUCUGCAAACAGUCUCUAUCAAGUUCCGAAUUCCUCGAUCCCCCAUCGUUGGUGACAAGUUCUCGUCUCGUCACGGACAGAAGGGUGUUGCUUCACAAAAGUUCGUCGAGUCGCUAGCAGGCAAGGCUGGCGCGCUACAUGGUCUGGCCCAAGACUCAACUCCUUUCAAAUUCGACGAAACAAACACCGCCGGAGAUUACUUUGGCCACCAGUUGAUGAAGGCCGGGUACAAUUACCAUGGAAACGAGCCCAUGUACUCGGGUAUAACUGGAGAGGAGCUUCAAGCUGAUAUCUACAUCGGAGUCGUUUACUACCAGCGACUCCGACAUAUGGUGAACGACAAGUACCAAGUAAGAACCACAGGCCCAGUCGUACCGACUACAGGUCAGCCUAUCAAGGGUCGAAAGAGAGGUGGUGGUAUCCGUGUCGGAGAAAUGGAGCGUGAUGCUCUUCUGGCACACGGAACAGCUUUCCUGCUUCAGGAUCGUUUGCUGAACUGUUCUGAUUACUCCAAAUCGUGGAUUUGCCGCCGAUGUGGUUCGUUCCUUUCUGUGCAGCCCACAGUGUCACAGUUCGCACCAGGCAAGAAGAAGGCCCCAAGCAUCGUACGAUGCCGUGCUUGCGCAAUCAAGCUGGAUGAUGCGGACGCCGUGGAUUUAACAGAGGUUCAGGGAGAGAUCUGGGAAGAUGGAUUAGGCAAUUCGUGGGUUGGUGGUGACCAAACUACGCAGGUUGUUGUGCCAGGUGCGCUCAAGUAUCUCGAUGUGGAGCUUGCGGCAAUGGGUGUCAAGCUCAAGUACCGAGUGGACCGCAAUGAUGAGCCUAGAAAGGGACCGAUGAAGACUAUGGCAUUGGAUGGCGUUCGGGUUGGAAAAUAG